GCGGGACACGGCCCCGAGAUGCGCUCAGCCAUGGGAGGGAGCCGCUGCUGCCAUCGGUGCUGCAGCCCGGCACCGGCAGGGUCUGAUCCGGGCAACCUGCGCUCUAUUCGAGUUAGAUAACGGAUAUUAAAAACGCCCGGUCUUGGCGAGCUGACAGCGUCUGUCCAAAUAUUUAUCCCCGCUCUGAUCAGGCGCUGUGUUGCCAUGGCAGUGCAAUUAGCGCUCUGUCUAUGAACGGCCUUCCUGCGGCCAGGGGGUGCUGAGCUCCCCAUACCGCUCUCAGAGCCCCAUACCCUCCCGCACCCGCACAGCUCCUCCCACGAGGGCUGACACAUCCAUCGCCGGGCGGGAUGGAAAUGCUGCAGGGAUGGGAUGGCACAGAGCAAGGGCCGCCGUUGUCCCCUGCAGGCACCAGGAGCAUCACAAAGCGCAUCCACGCCGCACACGAGGCGCAUCACACGAGCACAGGGCGCAACCCGCGGCCAUGGCCGUGGAUGCUCAGCACACACCCGCACGUUGCUGCCCUGCUCUGCCCUGUGCCAGGGCCCCGUGCUGCCCUACGGGACACGCUGGGUCCGGGUGCAGCGCUGCCCUGCGCUGUGCUGUGCAGGAGGUGUCGGCAGGGAUUAGGGUUGCAUCUAGAAUAGGGCUAAUUCAGAGCCCGCGGCGCUGGGCGGCUCGCAGCAGCUCUCCCCUGGUGCCACCGCUCUGGCAACACAAACAAAACCCUCGCAGUCAGCUGAGCAGCUCUGCAACAGCAGCAACCGAGAUCUUUUGAUGUUUUUAGUUUUUUUCAGUUUCCAAAUCCAGUCGGUGCUGAAUUUAACCCUAGAAGAGGCUGCUUGCAUCUGCCCUGCUGCUGGAAGGGGGGUGGUCUGGUGGUUAUGUGCCCACCCACACUGCAGGAAUGGGUGCAUGGGGUGUGCUCUGCUUCCCCUGCAGUGCUUCCCCAAGGAAGUGCUUUGGAGCUGCAGGUGUAUGUGGGUCCCAGAGUGGUUCCUGCAGUGCCACCUGUAUGGGAACUGCUGUGGCUCUGUGUCAGAGCUGGCAGCAUCCUCCAGAGUGAGAAGGUGGCACCAUGGGGUCCAAGCACUGUGCCAUGGGGCCAAGCACUGCGCCAUCCCUUGCUGUGAACACAGAGGGGGAUGGGGAAGGGGAACCUGCUGUUUCCUGCAUUGCAAAGGCUGCCUGUGCUUUGGGCUCAUUUUCAUGGGGUUUAGUGGAUCACUAUCUCAGGAGUUCUUCCAAGUGGUCUGGGGAGAGGGCAUGGAAAGACAUGAAAUGCAUUUUUAUGGAUCUUAAUGGUGACAGCUCUUUGGGAGGAACUCUUCCCCAUACCUCUUGUGUGCUGUAUGUCCCACGGGAGAUCGAACAUUGGUUUAAUCUGACCUAUCUCUCCCACUCUGUUGUGCAUCCCUGCAGACCCUGGGCAGCACAGAGCAGUUGUGCUGUCAGCUCUCUGCCUUCCGUGGGGAAAGCACUGCUCCUCCCGCCGGGCUCAAACCUGGGGCUGUUGUGCUCCUGCCUCGCUCAGAGGCUGAGCACAGGUCUUGGAGGUGCCAUGCCCACCCCGUGAUGCCACCUGGCACAGCUGUCCUGUGACGCAGCCCUGAUCCCACCACUCUCAGAGGUGACACAGGAGCACACGGUAACAGGACCUGCCUCACAGCUGCCGCCUUGUUUGUGUUGGUGGAGCACAAGGAGGCUGUGCUCACAGGCACAGACGAAGGCACUGAGGCACACAAGCAAUGGCCUUCCAGCGGAGUCACAAGCUGAACCUGCUGCGUAUUGCUGUGCUGCUUGUCGUGGCCUUGGCUGGCAUCAAGUUCCUCUUCCGUGACAGCUUAACUCUGCAGCUGCACAAGCACAUCAGCAAGGACAGCACGUUCUGGGGGGAUGUGGCAGACUCUGGCCUCCAAAACCAGGCUGUGGAAAUCCACCCUGCAAAGAUCAUGGCCCCAAGGCAGGGACCUAAACAACAGUUCCCCAAGGACCUCAGUGCCACUGAGAUGAGGCUCGUUCACCUGGACCUGAAGGGAGCUGCUCCCAGGGUCUCCUACCUGGAGCAGCUGUUCCCACUCCUGUCCCGGCUGGGAGCCAAUGGGAUCCUCAUUGAGUAUGAGGAUAUGUUCCCCUUCAAAGGGGAGCUGGAGGUCCUCAAGUCCCCUUAUGCUUACAGUGAGGAGGACAUUGAGUGGAUCCAGCAGCUGGCAGAGCUCCACAAGCUGGAGGUGGUUCCCUUGGUGCAGACCUUCGGUCAUGUGGAGUUCAUCCUCAAACACGCCAAGUACCAGCACCUGCGGGAGGUGGAACGCUUCCCCAACAGCUUCAACCCCCAUGUCCCAGACACCCUGGCAUUGGUCAAGGUCAUCCUAUCACAGGUGAUGGAGAAGCACAGGCGCUCCUCGUGGAUCCACAUUGGUGCAGAUGAGGUGUUCCACCUUGGGGAGGGGAAGGACUCCAGGAAUUGGAUGAGCCACAACAAAGGUGAUACAGGAACCAUAUACCUGAACCACAUCAAGGAGGUGCUGGACUUCAUCUCCACACACUACCAGGGACUGCGGGUGCUCAUGUGGGACGACAUGCUGAGGAAGAUCAGUGUGGGAGCCCUGCAGGAGUCUGGAAUAGCAAAGCAUGUCUCACCUGUGGUGUGGUUCUAUGCACCUGACUUUGACACAGAGCAGAUUGGGCAAUUCAUCACCAAGUACAUGGAGAGCGGCUUCGAGACCGUGUGGUUUGCCAGCGCCUUCAAGGGCACCACGGGUCCAACACAGAGCUGGCCCCCCCUCAGCUCCCACCUAAAGAACCAGCUCAGCUGGCUGCGGGUGCGUGACACCAUGCCACGCUUCGCCCCGCUGCGCUUCCAGGGCAUUGUCCUCACUGGAUGGCAGAGGUAUGACCACUACUCAGUGCUGUGCGAACUGCUGCCUGUCGGCAUUCCCUCCCUGGCCAUAUGCCUCCAGACCCUGGUGAAUGGGGGAUUCAUGGAAGAGACACGGAGGAAGGUGCUGGAGGUGUUGGGCUUCCAGAGCAUGCAGCUGGAGCAGAGCAUGUGUGAGGGAAGGGGAACGUUCCCUGGGGCAGAAAUCUAUCACAUGGUGGAGCAGGUGAACAGACACCUGAAGGAGAGCAUCACCAAAAUGCUGGAGGAGGAAAGUGCCAUCAAGGGCUGGUUCAGCCCCUACCACCGCAAGCACCAGUUUGGCAACCCUCGCAACUUGGAGAGCUUUGGCAGCAAGGUGCUCAAGCUCCAUGAGGACUGGGAGAGCUUUGUCCGGGACCUGCGUGCCCGCCUGGAGAGCAUCUACUUCCCUGACACAGUGGAGGAGUGGAUGGAGGAGAAUGUCAACCCCUAUCUGGACCCUCUGCGGGACCUGGUCCGGGACUACCGUGCCAUCAUCCGUCUCAGUGCCCAGCCCAAGGCACCUUAGGGGCUGUGUCUCCCCAGGGACUGGGCAGCAGGGUCCACGGGUAUGGUCUGUUUGUUGGCCUGCACUCUUCUUCUGUUCAAGGCAUGGUUGUGGUUUGAUUUGUAUUGCAGAGAGCCCUUGCGUGCCCCACUUCUCAAUAAAGUAUUUUCGUAGA